AUGGACGCGUUCAUCUCGAGGAAGAGGCGCCGCGAGUCGCCGCACCCGCCACCGCAGGCUGAAUGCCCUGCACCACCAGCCGAGCAGGAAGAGGAGUCGACAGACAUCAAGCUGGCGAUGCUGUCAUCGCUCCAUCCAGGAAGAUCGCAGGACGACUUGCUGGAGGUUCUACUGAGCUGCGAUGGCUCAGUGGAUGCCGCAAUCGAAGCACUUUCCGCAGGUCACAAAGAUGUUCCACCACCACCACUAAAGCGUCGACUCACCGCCACACCGGGCAUGCAGAGCGCCUUGCCUUUCAAGUCCGGUAGCAAGAGUCCCUCAAAGACAGCAGCGGUGCAGCCGCUGACCCGCAAAGGCAAAACACUGCACCUGUACACGCCGGAAGAUAUCGCAAAUCACACGCCCUGUUCGACCAUUCACAACUUCCUGCCUCCGUACCUCGCCAAUGCCCUUCUGGAAGAACUGCUUGCCGAGGUCCCGACCUACGAGUCCAUCGAGUUCAGGAUUUUUGAGAAUGUGGUCAAGUCUCCUCACACGGCAUGUUUCUACGUCGACAGCCUGGCGGACGUCCAGCGGCAGCGAAGCGAAUACUACUACAACGGCAAUGACCUUGGCGAUAUUCGACAGCUCCUGCCCGUCAUGAGGCAAGUCAGCGACCUGGUGCGUGACGCAGUGAACAAAGAGAUCGACAUCCGCAUCCGUGACUUCUACCCGGACGGCAAGAAGUUAAAGUAUCAAUCACCCGAGCCAUGGCAGCCGAACGCUGCCUUCGUCAACUGUUACGAUGGCGGAGCUCAACAUGUGGGCUACCACUCCGAUCAGCUCUCCUACCUCGGUCCCCGACCCAUCAUCGGGAGUCUCAGCCUGGGCGUGGCGAGAGAAUUCCGCGUCCGAAAGAUCGUGCCCAAGGAUGACCCGACCGAGGCCGACAGUACGAGCACGACCCCCGCAGCCGAUAUUUCUGGACAGAUCGCCAUCCAUCUCCCGCAUAAUUCUCUCCUCGUGAUGCACGCCGAGAUGCAAGAAGAAUGGAAACACAGCAUCGCCCCAGCCCUGAACAUUACACCCCACCCGGUUGCGGGCAACAAACGCGUCAACAUCACGUACCGCUGGUACCGCGAGGAGUUCCGCCCCAAAUACACGCCAAAAUGCAAAUGUGGUCUCCCCGCCGUGCUAAAGACGGUACAGAAGCAGAAGGUCAACAGAGGCCGCUACAUGUGGAUGUGUCAGGUGGGGAGUAAACCCGGGGGAGGUGCAGGAUGCGGCCAUUUCGAGUGGGCGCAGUUUACCGACGACGGUGUGCCUGCAGGGUGGAAGGCCGUGGCGGACAAGGAUAAUCUUCAGGCAGAGACGGCACAGGCUAGGAAGGCCGUGGCGGACGAGAUCAAGCUUUAG